CCGGCGCGCCAGGCUGGAGGCUCGGCCGAGCGCCCGGGAGAGCGAGCCGGGCCAGCUAGCGCCGGAGCCCCGAUGGUGAGCCUCAUGUGGUCCGAGCUGCUGCAGGAUGAGCGCCCCGGAGCCGCUGCCGCCGGCGGAAGCCCGGAGAAAAUGUUCGACGGCUCCCGGCGCCUGCGGAGCCUGCGGGACGGGGUGAGGCUGGAGGUGGCGGCCGAGAGCGCCGGCCCCGUCGUCCUGCACAGCUUCACGCAGCUCGACCCGGACCUGCCCCCACUGGAGAGCUCCACCCAGGAGAUUGGAGAAGAGAUAGAAGAUGGUGUAAUCUAUAGCAUUUCUCUCAAGAAAGUCCAGCUCCACCACACAGCCAACAAGGGUCAGCGAUGGCUGGGGUUUGAGAACGAGUCAGCCUUAAACCUCUACGAGACGUGCAAGGUGCGGACAAUAAAAGCUGGCACCCUGGAGAAGCUGGUGGAGUACCUGGUCUCAGCCUUCAAAGGCAACGACUCCACAUACGUCACCAUCUUCCUGUGCACGUACAGGGCCUUUGCCACUACCAAGCAGGUGCUGGACCUUCUCCUGAACAGGUAUGGGAAGCUCCAUCUUCAGGCUAACGGAGAUCACCCCAGGCACGCUGUGGAUGAGAGGAUGGAAUUGAAAAACACCAUCUCUUCCAUAUUGGGGGCGUGGCUGGAUCAGUACUCAGAAGACUUCCGCAAGCCGCCAGACUACACUUGCCUCAAGCAGCUCAUCAUCUAUGUGCGUCACAACAUUCCUGGCUCGGACCUGGAGCGCCGAGCGCGCAUCCUCUUCUCCCAGUUCCAGCAGCAGGAGCGGGCAGAGCCAGAGGCAGAAGCUGCGGACCAUACCAGCUGCCCCCUGCGCUUAGAGGAAGAGAACGGGCUGGCCGAAGGCAAGCUGGACUUCCUGUCCUUUUCUCCAGAGAUGGUGGCUGAACAAUUCACGCUGAUGGAUGCCGAGCUCUUCAAGAAAGUGAUGCCUUAUCAUUGCCUGGGCUGCAUUUGGUCGCAGCGGGACAAGAAAGGCAAAGAGCACCUGGCCCCCACCAUCCGGGCCACCGUCUCACAGUUCAACAGCGUCACCAACUGUGUCAUCGCCACCUGCCUCGGGGACCGGACACUGAAGCCACAGCAGAGGGCCAAAGUGGUGGAGCGUUGGAUCGAAGUGGCUCGGGAAUGCCGGAUUUUAAAGAAUUUUUCUUCCUUGCGUGCUAUUCUGUCUGCCCUGCAGUGCAAUGCAGUGCACAGACUGAAAAAGACGUGGGAUGAGGUGUCGCGGGAGAGCUUCCGCACUUUCCACGAACUGUCAGGAAUUUUCUCGGAUGAGAAUAACCACUCUUUGAGCCGGGAGCUGCUCAUCAAGGAAGGGACCUCUAAGUUUGCUACAUUGGAGAUCAACCCAAAGAGAGCUCAGAAGCGGCAACAGCAACAGCGAGAGAUGGGUGUAAUGCAAGGCACCAUCCCGUACCUGGGUACGUUCCUCACUGACUUAGUGAUGCUGGACACUGCCAUGAAGGACUACCUGGAUGGGGGCCUGAUCAACUUUGAGAAAAGGAGGAAGGAAUUCGAAGUCAUCGCCCAGAUCAAACUGCUCCAGUCAGCCUGCAACAACUACAGCUUCAUGCAAGAAGAUCACUUUGUGAGCUGGUUCCACAGCGUGGAGCGCCUCACUGAGGCAGAAAGCUACGGCCUCUCCUGCGAGAUUGAGCCCCUCUCCGAAUCAGCCAGCAACACUCUGAAGGCAAAGAGAAACCCCGGCAUCAUUAAACGCUGGAGCGACCGGCAAGCCCCCAGCACUGAGCCCUGUGCUAGCGGCAGCUCCCAUUCCAAGUCCUUUGACCAGCUGAAGUGUGGGCCAUACCUGUGCAGUGGGGACACAGCUGACUCUGUCAGCGUCACCUCUGCUGGCUCUAGCAGCUCCGACGUGGAAGAGAUCAACAUUAGCUUUAUCCCUGAGUCCCCUGAUGGCCAGGAGAAGAAGGUACAGGAGAGCGGCUCGCUGGGCUCCACUCGCGCCCAGGGGGGCAGGUGGCAGUUCUGGGAAUCCACCUCCCUGUCCUCCUUGGACACAUCUGGCAUUGGCUCCAGCUCCAGCAGUGCCUCCUCCUCCUCCGUCUCCUCCACGCCAGUGCCGCCUUCACGCACCCACAAGCGCUCCGUCUCAGGCAUCUCCAGCUACUCCUCCCUUUCGCUGCCCCUCUACAACCAGCAGGUGGACGACUGUUGCAUCAUCCGUGUCAGCCUAGCCGUGGACAAUGGAAACAUGUACAAAAGCAUCCUGGUGACAAGCCAGGACAAAACCCCGGUUGUGAUCCGGAAGGCCAUGGCGAAGCACAACCUGGAUGGGGACCAGCCAGAAGACUAUGAGCUCAUUCAGAUCAUCUCAGAGGAGAGAGAACUGAAGAUCCCAGACAAUGCCAAUGUCUUCUAUGCCAUGAACUCUGCUGCGAAUUAUGACUUUGUGCUGAAAAAGCGAGGCUUCUCCAAGGCAGUGAAGAUUAAACACGGCUCCAGCUCCACCCUGCCCAGGAUGAAGCAGAAGGGCCUCAAGAUUGCCAAAGGCAUCUUCUGAGUGGAGUGCCUCAACCAGAGCUGGGCUGGGAUUGCUUUUCCCCUUGGGGCUGUCAGUCCAUCCGAGUAGGGUUCAGUUUAUUCUCCCCUGCCUGCAGCUGCUGCUAGAGAUACGUCCUUUCUCCGGGUUGCCAUGGAUGAGGAGUCCAGGAGAGAAAGACGGAAGCUUGGAUGAAGCCCGGAAGGUGGAGGGAUCCCCCAGUAAUGACAGCUCUUUCUCAUGUUCCUCUUGCUCUGUCAGCAGCAGGCAUUUCUCGCCUUAUUCAGGUACCUCACUCUCUUUUAUUACGUGGAGGAUUUUUAUGCCAACCAACGUUCCAAGGCACAAGUACUACACCCACUCCACCUGUGGUUGCCUGGAGCCUCUACGCCGCAGGUGCCUUCUGUCUACGCCACUGAGACUGCUGCUGCUAAGGGACAUGGGGUUUUGCUCUUGUUGUGAUAGAGCAAUGGGGAAAAGUGGAAAGUCCUUGCUGGGGCCCGGAGGGGGGAGGGCAGACAUUUUGCCUAGAUCUGGAGCCAUUUCUGCGUGGGCGGGGAGUGAGUUCACCAGUUGGCAUCUUUAGCAGGGUCAGUUGUUACCAUUAGUAACUCACACUUGGCCCUGUGGGGAUCUAAAUACGCACAUCUCCUCCUCACAUGCUGCCUGCAGAGUGAUGCUGUGGUGCCUUGUAUGGAUUUAACCACCAGAACCUGGAUUCUCUGUAACAGAACAGCUGGCCCUGCCUGGACACAGGAGUGAGAUUUCUUUUUCCUAAGGCCCCAGCACCAAAGAUCAAAUGUUUGUUUGCAGCCCGAGCCUUCUGCUGGCCAUCCAAGCCAAGAAUUGGCACAGGAGCAAAAGUUUCUGUACACACUUUGUAAAUAAAAACUGUGAUGGGAGUCGGGGGAAGGAGAGGAGCUGCCCCCCCCUCUCUCCAGGUCCUCUGAUCUCUUUGGGGAAGUGCCACUGAUUUGAUGUUUCAAUGAACUGUCAACUUUGACAUGCAAGAAGGGUGCAGUAAGUACUGUGUUCUGAUGUGAUCAGAUUUUUGUAAAAACACACCGCCUGAACCUACUAUUUUUCCAUAUUUAUUGGUUGUAAAUAGACCAAGUUGUGUUUGUACAUUUUACUAACACAGUUUAAAUCCACCAGUUCCCCUCGUUUCAAAUGGCAGAUCUGGGGGGGGGGGGGAAUGGGCAUGGAGACGCCUUGCUUCACUGCUGUUUCAGAAGUGCUUUAACGGUCAAAGGGCUUCUGAGGAAGCAUGACUUUUGGGGUUCCCGAGCUCUACAACAGUGGAACUGGAAGUUGAGGCUUUAAAGUAACCUUUACACUCUAGCCAGCUGCAGAGAGCCUUUUUCCCAAGAGUAGCUCUGGCCCCAACUGGCAGGGGCCACCCACAAUGGGGGUACAGUAAAUGCCCCCCCGUUCUUUGCCGACCAAACUUUAUGCUGCCAGGGCUGAGGCCUGCUCGUUCACAACGUCUGUGGUGCAAGCAGAGUGUGGCAAGGGGGUGACGGGAGGGUAGCAGCUGCCAGUUGAGUCCAUCUGGUCUCAUUCUCCUGGAGUUGCGUGCCUGUUUCUCCAAGCCAGCCUCAUCCAACUGAACUUUCCGCAAUGUUGUUAUUUCUCAGGAUCCCGGAAGGCAGUUAAAGGGUGGGAUGCACUCAAGUUUCUUUUCUAAAAAUGUGUCUUUCUGAAGUAAGUGAUCCUUUGCUGCUUAUGAAGGGAGCCAUUGUCUCCUUGAGGGCAGGGGGGUGUUGCUUUUUUCCCCUUGGGCUAAAUUUGAGCCUUGCUCAUAUCGUGCAUCACAACCUUAAAGAUAGCCCACUGCUGUAGACCUGCUUUAUAGAACGGCUUUGGCAGGUCCCUUUACUGAUCUCCCCCUUCCCCUCGUUUCCGCUGGUUGGGAAGAAGAGAUCCAUGGCCACUCCUGUUGGCCAUCAGCGAGGAUCUCUCCACGGAUCAGCUGGCCCAGAAUCUUGGCUCAGACACCUGAAGUAGAGAGACGGCUGACCUGGAUUCUGAGCCCAGCACAGUGCCUAGGGCUGCUUAGCCCAAGCCCUCCUCCCCCCUCCAUUUUUAAAUCAUGAUGCUUUUAACUGCAGGACAAAGCCAACAGUUCACUUCUCGCUGUCCCCCUCCUCCAGUUUCUGGACGGGAUGUACACAGACUCCACGGCAUUCUCCCCUAGGUGGGAGUGUAAGAAUGUAUGUAUGUAUGAAAUGUGUAGCUUACAGGAUGUAUGUUUUGUAACAGUUUCCAUGAAGUAGCACACAACUUUGUGUGAUGUGUAUACUGCACUGUAAUUAGCCUUUUCAAUAAAGACCACCCUUUUGAUAGCA